AUGGCUGAUUCACGGUUGACUCGCGUCAGCGGUACCUUGACCUCCCUCUUCGAAAGCCUUGUGCCACCUUCCACCCUCGAUCAAGACGAUACCGACACAGAAUCUCGCAUUGACCGCGCCAUCCAAAAUGCAAAAGCCACCAUCUACCAGGCGGACGGCCGGCUGCCGCCAGAUACAAAUCAAGCCCAAGACCUGAUCAAGAGAAAGUUGUUACGAGAGAACGCAUCUCCAGAGAAAGCCGCCCGGUUCAGCAAUCUCUACUCGCGACUCCUUGCCAUUCCAAUCCUAAAUCAGAAAUGGGCGAUCCUCUACCUACUCUACAAGUUGUCGGAGCCGGCCCUCCCAGAGCUGCGCCCACGCAACCCGUUGACAGAUUCAGACCAAUUCGCAAACAUUCCGCGUCGGCAGGAACCAUCUCUAGAUAAGUCGCUUACUUCUGAAGAUCAAGAAGACGGCCGCGUGUACCCACCCCAGGCUCCGCACAAUCGGAUUCAUGGGUUUCCGUCCAAAGUAAGGCCUGAACAGAUUCAUCGAGAUGGAGUCUCCCAGGGAGAGGAAGAGGAGAACGAAAGUGCCGUCAAGGCUCCGGAGCAGGUUGCUACAGAGCCAAUCCGACCAAAACAACAGCCCCCAGCCCCUGGACCUUCUGAGUGGGAUCUGCUACGAGAUCUUCCAUUCAACCUGCAGGGGGUAUCUUCUGCACAUCUUGAGUUCACCGCUACUACCACUGUUAAACUUCCCCCAACUCUCCCGGUGCCUAUGCUGUCUGUGCUUCAUGCACUUUCUGAACCCUGCUUGCUCUAUCGAGGUCUAGCGGAUUACGCUGAAGCUCAAGACGGCGGUCUUAUCGAUCAAAGCCUGCGUUCUGCUAUCAAUGACGAGUUACGGUCGUAUUUGAACCUGGUCGCUUCUUUGGAAAGUGAAAUCAGACAGGCCCUGGCUGUCCUCGACUGUACCCACGAUCCAAAAGCUACCCGUACGACUGGCGUCACCCUUAAACGGUGUCUUAUUUGGACCAGAGAUGCCACAAUGGGGUUGCGGCUGAUGAAGUUAAUCGUGGAGGAGUCAAAGCAGAAGCGAGGUGGCCAAAUGAUCUCUCUCAUUCACGGCCUGUCAUCCUCACAUGGCGAUCCGUUCGUGGCCUCCUUUGCCGAAAGGCUCCUCACUCGUAUCGCACGACCUUUCUACGAGAUGUUGAGGCACUGGAUUUACGAUGGUGAACUGAUCGAUCCCUUUCAUGAAUUCUUCAUCACAGAACCAGACCCCAACUCUCAACCGGCGAUAGACCAUCGGCAUGUGGCGACAUCUGUCUGGGAGGAAAAAUACAAGAUUGACUCCAGUCUAGUCCCCUCCAUCAUCUCCUCAGAGUUUGCCCGGAAGGUUUUCCUCAUUGGUAAGUCUCUUAACUUCAUCCGCCAUAACUGCGGCGACUCCGACUGGGUCAUACAAUAUUCGAAGUCGAACUCAAAGUCUUUGGACUAUGCCAAUACGGCAAGUCUGUCUCUGUCGAUUGAUGUUGCCUACCGGACGACCAUGUCGCGUUUAACGCACCUCAUGUCGACAAAAUUUGGGCUAUUCACGCACCUGGCUGCUAUUAAGAAGUAUAUGCUUCUGGCUCAGGGAGAUUUCUUUGAACUCCUCAUCGAGUCUCUGGCGCAACAUCUUGAUCGUCCUGUCAACUCGAUGUAUCGUCAUAAUCUAACGUCGCAGCUAGAACAUGCUAUCCGACACUCUAAUGCCCAGUAUGAUGAUCCUGAGGUACUGAGGCGACUGGAUGCCCGUAUGCUGGAGCUUUCCACCGGUGAGAUCGGAUGGGACUGCUUCACCCUGGAAUACAAGAUUAGUGCACCUUGCGAUGUUGUUAUCACUCAGUGGGCCAACACUCAAUACCUCAAAAUCUUUAACCUGCUUUGGAGGAUCAAGAGAGUUGAGUUUUCUCUCAAUUCGACGUGCAAACGUUGCAUGACAGGCGGCCGAGGCGUGCUGGCGGCAGUCAGUGACAAGUUGGGAAAUGACUGGAAGCGCUCCAGGUGCGUGGUUGCAGAAAUGGUACAUUUUGUCAAUCAACUGCAAUACUACCUUCUAUUUGAAGUGAUCGAAGCAAGUUGGGAGAAGCUGCAAGAGGCCCUUCAUAAGCCAGAGGCUACGCUUGAUGAUCUGAUCGAAGCUCACACCACUUAUCUCAACAAUAUUACGAAGAAAGGUCUCAUCGGUCAGCAAAGACAUCCGGUCACUGGCCAGCAGGAAGAUAGCCUGGUCGUCCAAGUCCAUCACAUUUUGAAAUGCAUGCUCGGCUACCGUGAAGUCAUCGAUUCGCUGUACUCCUACAGUGUUGCCGAAUACACCAGAAGGCAACAAUUCAGUGCGAAGAUCGAACAACGAACCGCGCAGGGAAGAUGGGGCAUCACUGAGAGGGAUAUUGUGGGCGAUUCGAGAGCAAGCACACCAACUGCGACGGCAGGAAGGAGGCCGUUCAAAGGGGCACAGCUGCUGCCCGAAGACAGUGACUCUCCUGCGCCGCCAAUCACAAACUUUGGCAUAACGGACGAUGAGACGCAUCUCAAUUCGUUGAGGUCAAGGCAGUUGAAGUUGUCUGCAGAAUUCAGAUCACGUCUCAGCAUGUUAUUGUAUGAUCUGGCUCACCAACCUGAUGUCAAUCUGCGGUUCUUGGGGGUGGUCAUGAACUUCAACGAGUUCUACCAGCCUGUCAACGUUCGAAGACAACAAGCGAGACGUGCAAGAGAAAAGCGGGAAUUGGAGAGAAGGACUCGUGAAGCCACCAUAUCUUCUGAGGGCAACAUUUCGGCCGAAAGAGAUCUGAAUAGCUCAACGAUGAAGAAUUGA